AUGCUACAUGGACUGGUGUCGAAAACGGUGCCCCUGAAGCCCAGCUUUGUCUUCGUCGGUGGGGAUAUGCAGAACUGGUGGCCAAAUGAGGGUGCCCAGAAAAAUCGGAAUCGGCCAGGAGGCAUGUCGGACGCAGACUUUCAGGAGCUUUGCUCCAAGGACUUAGGCCGGAAGCAGAGAGUGUCCGUCCGGCGCUCCCUGGAAGCGCUUGAGGGUGCGGGGAUCCCAGUGUACUAUACGCCGGGCAAUCAUGACAUUGGCGACCACCCGGAUGUCCAAACUCUUGACCGAUAUGUGGGCUCUGGUGGUGAGAGCGGAUGGGGGCCUUUGUUCCAGCGGGUGAAGCAGGAAGGUGGGAUUCUUUACCUGCAGUUGAACUCCCAGGUAUACUGGAGUACCGCCGAAGUUCUCGAUGACUACCGUGCAAAGCAGCUGGAGUUCCUCCAAGCUGAGGUAAGCAACAUGCAAGCCAACAUCAAGCGACUGGUGCUUCUCACGCACAUUCCUCCAUUUAUGAGUUCCGUUGAUGAGAAGGAAGGCUGGGCGAACUGGAAGCAGGUCUACCGCAAGCAAAUCUUGGACCUGCUGGCAGCGCCCAAGAUACCAAUGCUGUGGGUCUGUGGCCACUUCCAUGCCAACGUCGAAACUGACGUGACGUACCAGGGUGUGCCGAUGAGCAUCCGUGUCACCAGCGCGGCAGGAACAACUAUGCAAUGGGACGGACUGGAGGAUCUGACUCCUCAAGAAGCCGAGACAGUGGCCUCCAAGGAGAUCGCAAACGCAUUUGCUGAGGAUAUCGGCUUCUCCAAGAUCAAGCAACGACUCCGCGCGCAGCCGGAUCGCUCCGGCAUGCGCAUCUUCCGAUUCGACGAAGAUGACGGCUCCUUCGAAGACCAGUGGUACACUCUCGACCAGCUCGAUGACAUGCCGACGGAGGCAUGA